UCACACGCGAAUUUCCUUACAAAUAUUUCGACUUAUUUACAAAAAUGCCGGACGAAAUACAAACACGACGCUACGAGUCUAUGCUUUUCAACUACGGGACAGUACAGCGAACUGAUUACAGGGAGCAUGAAAUCAAACCUCCCGUGCCUACAGUUUACAAAGAAAAAGUGCCGAAGCCUAAACCGGAGUUUAAAGGGAUCAAAGAUUUGCAAACUAUGUCUGAGAGGCUUCCCAUACCGUUCGAUCUCUUUAUUAAACCUAAAGAGAUCAUAUGGAGUGAUCCUAGAGUCGUGCAAAAAACUUUUUUGAAACCUGACGACUUAGAGCGUGAGGCGGCGCAGAGGACUAGACCACGUCUGGUUAUGACGCCCGCCGUCAGUAUGGACGAUAUCGACAACAAGCAAGUCCGCGAUUUGCUGGUAAACGACAUCUAUAGGAGCACGGUGCGGAUCGCGACGGAGGAGGGCGUGGCCCUAACCAAGUACAAGACCGUUCGGGCUCCUUUACCGGGCCUGCCAGCGCCAGCUAAUCCGAUAACCAUACCAAAGCUGCACGUGCAAUACGUGUCUCCCGAGUGGCGUAUGGACUCGGUCUCGUGGGACAAGCGUCAGCUGCGCGCCUACUGUGACCCAACUGCGACGUUCUGGCUCGCAAGGACUCCCAAAUGCCGCGUAUGUGACGACACAGCGGCGCGAACAGCACAACAGAAAAUGAAGGAACAAAUGAAAACGCGGGCGUGAACAGGAAGCUUUAUUGUCAAACUUAAUACCACAAUACAUUUUGUUAGUGAUA